AUGCGUAGGGUUAUUGUUGUUGAUGGCACGUUUUUGAAAAGCAAAUACAAAGGUGUGCUGCUUGUUGCUACAGAUUUAGAUGGUGACUCCAACUUGUAUCAAAUAGCAUUUGGGGUUGUUGAUUCAGAGAAUGAUCGGUCUUGGGAGUGGUUUUUCAGGCAACUCUUGGUCGUUAUAGCUGAUGGGCAAGGUGUACCUUUUGUGUCAGAUAGAAAUUUGUCUGUUUCUAAAGCACUUGCUAAAGUUUACCCGCACUCUUCACAUGGAAUUUGCAAACAUCAUUUGUUGAGUAAUGUGGCAUUCCAUUUCAAGACAAAGGGUUUGGUUGGUUUAAUUGCAAAAGCGUCUAAAGAAUAUAUGGUUUCUGAAUUUGAGAGGAGAUUCAACGAUAUUUGCAACAUUAGUCCGCUCGUUGCAAAAUAUUUGAUGGAAGCUGGUGUAGAAAAGUGGGCGCGAUGUAGAUUUUCUGGAUUCAGAUAUGACAUUCGAACCACUAACCCAACUGAGUUGCUGAAUUCUGUUCUGCGAGCACCCAGAGAGUUCUCUGUCAUUCCUUUGUUGGACAGCAUCAGAGAAAUGUUAACACAAUGGUUUUAUGAUCGUAGAAGAGUAAUCUCAAAGCAUAAUUCCCCCUUAACUAUUGAGAUCGAGAAAAAAAUUUACAGGAGGAUUGAGAAAGAUAAAUCAUUUCGGGUUCAUCCAGUAAAAAAUUUACAGGAGGAUUGA